UCAUUGACUAUGAUGUGUUGACAUAUACUGUAUACCCCUUGUCAACAUCCAACAUCAUGGGCAGCUCUGAUUACCAUAUUCGCUUGGAUUGCACUCAUGUAGAGUUUGGUGUGUACCGUGACAGUGUCUAUUGCCCCGGUGAAGAUACCUUCCUUUUCAUAGAGGCGCUAGAAAAUGAUAUCGACUACAUUCUAUCGAAAAACAUGCUCUGUGUUAUGGAGAUUGGAUGUGGUAGUGGAUAUAUCUCUACAUAUUUUAUAAAGCUGCUACAACGUUGUGGUAAACUGUCACCGGAUGCUGGUUCUCAUCGAACUAUACCGUUCGUGAUAACAGUGGAUAUAAAUCCCGCAGCUACCAUGGCAACCGUGGAGACUCUAGAAAGGAAUAAAGUUGUGGAACGCGCUGAUACUAUGACGGCUGAUAUGUUCCUUCCCCUUUUGCCUCAGCGUUCCCAGGAAGUAUUAGACAUGGUGAUGUUUAACCCGCCAUAUGUACCCUCGGAGGAAAUAGGAAACCCCAAAUCUGCCAUUGAUAGAGCAUGGGAAGGUGGAUUUAUGGGAAGGGAAAUAAUCGAUCGCUUCCUGGCGGAUAUUGGACAAUACCUUUCCAAUAAUGGCAUAUUCUACCUCCUGCUUGAAAAACGCAAUGAUAUCCCGGAUGUAAUUCAAAGUAUUCGACAACGGGGUUUCCAUCCUGAGAUUAUAAUCUCAAGGCAAAUAUUGGGAGAGUAUCUAUCAGUUGUUCGUUGCUAUCGCAAGGAAGUCUGCGGUGUAGACUUGAAGUGAGGUGCCGCAGUUCACAAAAGCACCUGCCACACACCAAGCGUGAUAU